CCUGGUAGUACUGAGGAGCAGGACGCGCGAUCCAUUGGGUGGAGCAGCAGCGUCGCGUGCUGCGGAAUACAUUCAGUAGGUCGUUAACGCUGCGCGCGGUUUGGUUGCAGAUGCAGGUCGCUGAGUGUGAGCGCGAGGAGGGGGGAAAUGGCGAACGGGCGCGGGCGGCGGUGCGCCUUGUGAGGAUACAGUAGACACCCGGAGCGGUGGCAGGCGGCAGCUCGAGGACAGACGGGAGAAGGAGAGGAACCAUGGAGGACUCUGAGCCCGCAGAGGACGGCUUGCUCGCGGGCUUGCGGUGGAACCGGAGCGCACGGGACCAGGCUCAGCUUAAACACAAAAUCCGGGACCUGCCAGGGCUACUCAAGCACGGGCUGCACCUGCGGAAGAAGAGCCAAUCACCUGACACAAUCCCUGGGCCGAGCACUGGACCUACAGUACACAAGUCUUGUUCCCAGAGUUUUCCAUGUGCCGGUCGGGCUGUGAGGAAUGCCUUCCUCUCUCAUGGACCGUACCCAGCUAAAGACAAGAUACACCUGGCCAGAAUCAUACGGCGUAGCUACGUGGGCGUGGAGCUGGUGCAGUGGCUGUGUGAGCAGUGUGUGUACGUGCGCUGUCGGACUACUGCUGUGCGUGUCUGGCAGGUGCUGCUGGAGCUGGGAGUCCUGCUGUCUGUGGACCAGCGGGUGGUGUUUUCGGACUCAAACUCUUACUAUCAGUUCAGCUUUGAGGAGUGUGACUCUGCCUCCUGUGACUUUCGCUCCAAUGAAGGGGAGUGGCCAGAGGCAGUUAGGCUCCUCCUUCAACUUGCCCCGUAUGUCCAGUUUCGCUCUGGAGGCGGGGCCAACAGCCCGUCAGAGGAGGACUCUGAAGGCAACAGGGACAUAUGCAGUGAGAUUCUCCAGAUGAAAGCUCUCGAGAGGCUCACUUCUACGGUACAAAGUGAGUUGGCAGCUGCUCUUGCACGGAAAACUCGCAAAGCAUUAUCGGAGCAGGACUCUGAGACGACGGAAAGCCAACAAGAGACUCGCACGCCCAGCGAAGAGAGCAGCCCGCUGGGCGGGGUGUGUGCACUGCGGGAUGGUGGUGGCAGCAGCGGCAGCAGUGGAGGAAUGGGGACCGUGUGCGGCCGUGAGGAGCUGACCAGCCGGCUGGGGCUGGAGGCCGUUCAGCGGCUGGCCAAGGACGGCUGUCGGCUGCUACAGAACCACAACUACCGGUUACCCGACAGGAACCAGGCGGAGGCAGUGGGGAGGGUUUGUCUGAAGGAGAGAGGACGGGAUGUAUUGGUGUUGCGGAGAGUGACGUCAUCAGUGACAUCGCCAUUGGACCGGCCCUCACCCACGUCGUCAGGGGGUGGGUCCAGGGAGGAGGAUUGCGACAAGAGGUAUGUGGUGGUGUCGGGGACGCCGCUCAAGAUCUUGGAGCAUCUGCUGAGUGACCUGCGGUUGGACGAACAAAGAGGGGCGCCAGAGAGCCGGGAGAGUGAAAUGCUGCUAGAUGACUUCCUGUUGACCUACCUGGUGUUCAUGUCCACGAACGACCUCUGUCAAGCUCUGCUGGGACACUAUAGCAGUGCCCGCUGCAGGGGCCAGGAGGAGGGCAAAGACGCUCUCUUCAGGAAGCGUAAGGUACUGCAGCUGGUCGCCCAUUGGAGCAGGCUCUACAAGGACUUCCUGAAGGAAGAGGAGCACGUUAGGAGUUUCAUGAAGUCCCUUUACAGGUGUGUUUUGGAAGACCUGUAUGAGUUCCCCACACUGGAAAAAGACCUGAAGGAGUUUCAGAAACUUUUGCGUCGCAGACAUACUGUCGAUGACUGCCCUCCGAACCAAAAGAGUAAACAAAUGUAUCAGCAGUUGAGUUUGAAGGAAAAUUGUUUGCAACUACGAAGUCCACCAACUGAUACGAGAGAGGUUAUUUGUUGUGUGUAUGUGAGUGCUGACUCCUACCUGAGUGUACACACACACCCCUCGCUGGAGGCCCAUGAGCUGCUACGGAUUGUUGGUCUGAAGAUGGACAGAGUGGAAGAGGACAUGGUGCUUGCUGUAGUGUCGCACACUGGAGAGCGGAGGGUGUUACAGCCCAGUGACUGUGUGUAUUCAGAGUCCAUGACCCCACAGGGAAAGCUUGUGGUCUGUCGCAGGGAUCUCACAGAGAUUCUGCCUCCUUUAACAGACAGUGCUGAGCUAAGCAGGAGGCCGGUGCGACUCUUAGGUAUCAACACCUGGGAUGUGGCAGCUGCUCUGACACACCUGGACUGGAGCCUCUUCAAAUCCAUCCACGAGCAGGAGCUGGUGUACUACACCCUCAGCCGUGCUCCUGGUACUGGCCACACGGCAGCCCUCUCAGUCCUGCUCCAGCGCUGUAACGAGGUCCAGCAGUGGGUCAUGUCCGAGGUGCUCAUGUGUGUAUCGCUCAACAAGAGAGUACAGCUGCUCAAGAAGUUCAUCAAGAUCGCAGCUCAUUGUAAAGCUCAAAGAAAUUUGAACUCUGCAUUUGCCAUCAUCAUGGGUCUUAACACAGCAGCUGUCAGCCGACUCAACCAAACCUGGGAGAAAUGUCCAGGGAAGUUCAAAAAGCUUUUCUCGGAGUUGGAGCUCAUCACGGAUCCAUCUCUGAACCACAAAGCCUACAGGGAAGCCUUCAAAAAGAUGAAGCCUCCCAAGAUACCUUUCAUGCCUCUUCUCCUGAAAGAUAUCACCUUUAUCCAUGAGGGAAAUAAGACCUUCCAUGACAACCUGGUCAACUUUGAGAAGCUGCAUAUGAUCGCAGACACAGUGCGGAUGAUUCGCCACUGCCAAAGUGACCAGCCAGGCAACGAGGUAAUCGGGGUCGACAGUGCGGAGGUGAGGGCGAGCGUUCAAUACCUGCACAUUAUCGACAAUCAACAGACGCUUUUCGAGCUGUCACACAAGCUGGAGCCACGUGCUUAAUAACACACACACACACACACACACACACAUGCAAGUACCCUCAUAGACACACGCACAAACACACUGGACACCGCACAGUAGAAAUGCUCGCACCAAGUAUGUGUGACACAGAGGACGCUUUCCACAGCAAUAUGCUGCACACUCACACAUACACUGCAACAAAAUCACACUACCAGCAGUGGUGCCAAGUGGACAAUAAGGUGCCAUGUGUUCUGAGAAAACCCAUGAAGACACAAGGCUUUAUAACACAGAACAUGUGUUUAUAAAGGAUUUAAGUCUGCACACGCUCUGUGAAUUGUCUACAAGAGGAGAUUCUGCGCAGCAAAGUGGAGAUUUGCCAAACUGAGUGAGAGUGAAGAGGAGGCUGUAAUUAGUUUGUACAGUAUCUAUUGGACUGAAUAUGCCCUUGUUUUUGUUCUUGUGAUGAGCUUUUGGUUAUUUAUGAGCCUGUUUAGGAGGUUGAAUGUUCCUUUAUUUCUGUCUUUCAAGUCUCGUCCACAACCCCCAGGGACUUAAUUUCCUCUUCAUCAUUUCAGUUACAAACACAAAACCAUCUGUAGAGGAGUUAAUGUGUUUAUAACCUGAUGGCCACAAUCUGCCCCAUCAUAUGACUUCAUCUGCAUAUCACAUACCUGCCUCGUGAUGCAUGUAUAUCCAAAAUACAUGCCUUAGUUAUUUAGUUGUAUGAUGUGGAGCUUUUUUUGGUUAUUGUGUUGUAGCGUAUUAUGUAACGCAAACAGCAACCGGGGCUGAGUAACGCUGUAACAUACCUACCCAUUUUGACCUUUUCUCAACGAGGCUCUGUCAGUACGGUGCUAGUGAGUGACAAAAGGUGCAACGUUAACAGGACUGACUUUGACGUUGGAAACACUAAAGCUCUCCUGAACGUGCCAGAGUUCAAUAAUGGACUGUGAACUGUUUUUGGUUCUCCUUGUUUCCACAUGAGAGUCCUGGCUGACUUUAGGCCAAACACUCCUCAUGCACUUCUCUAUGGUGUUUUUGUUUGAGUAGAUAAUGAUCAUUUUACAUUGUAUAUAUUAUGGACCUAUACAUGUUUUCAGUGCCAAAAGUCGCAUAGACGUAAUGUAGUGUUUUUUUUUUUUUUUUAAAACCACAGAAUUUUCCUUGAAUGAGCCCUGGGAGGACGUCUGGUCUGUGAUUGUGUAAAGCAGAUCAGACUCCUCACAGAGAUGCUUUCUGACAUUAUGAUGACUGAUUUCAGGGUGUGUGAUGGUAUCCCGCUCAACCCCGGGUUGCUAUGGUAACACAGCCCGAUCAUAGAGCUAUUUUUCCCUUUGAAAUCCUUGAGUUUAUUAUGUCAAUAGAAGAGUCAUGCUUUGUUUAAAAAAGUUUAUUCAACAAAAUCAUGUUCAUGAGGAGGUUUUGAUAUUCAUUCUUGCUGACUGAAAAUAUCACUUCACUCAGAAGUGGUCUUGUGUAAACUGUGUGAAAAUCAACGCAGGGUUUGGACAGAAUAGUGGAAGCACAAGGGCACAGGCCGUCAUAGUAAGACUGUCUGGUAGGAGUUUUAAAGCUUUGGUUCACCAAUUAGUUAUCACUCGAACAUUGGUUUUCAUUACUUUGGCCCUCCAACUACAUAUUAACAGGUAAAAUGUUUUUUCUUUCUAAACAAAGCAAAUCCUGGAAACAAAUGUUGACAUGGCCACGACAUGCAAAAAACAUCUAUUUGUUAUUCAAAUCACUGAGGGACCAGCCUGUCGUGUUGCUAAUGUCAGUCUGGAAGAAAUGCAGCAUGAGAUGAGGGGAAUCAUUCAGAAAUUCUACAUGAAUGAUGAUAAUGAACACAAAGUAAGACAAGAAACACACCCUUUAGAACAACAAUAUCGCAUCUGGCAGAUCUUUCAGAUCAGUGUUUGUGUUAUUUUGUCCUCGCCCUGUAUCUGUUCAUGCAUAGCUGGUCGCUUCAGUGGUACAUUUCUGCUGAGCAGGAGGAAACAUCCAAAGGCGAGAUUCCUAAAUGUUAUGUAGCGAUGCAUGUCUUGCAUUGUUUGACGGUUAGAAAAACACAGGGGGUAAAGUGCAAUAUAGUAGAAAUGUUGCCACAAGUGUUCAUAGUCAUUUCAAGCCUUUCAGAGCACAUAGCUGCGUUCUCCUGCAGAUCACAGUAAGAUAAAUGGACAACAGAGGGCUGGGGUUUACCCAAAUCGCUUUAGUGCCAAAAAAAUCUUUGGUCCAUGACAAAAAACUAAUAUCAAAGACAGUGAAGACUCACUUUUAAAUAGAUAUUAUUUGUGAGUUAUGAGCAGCUUAGUCACUGUUUGUGCAUCAAAAGCUCUUUCAAAGACAGACUGUAACCUGCUGUGGUCACCAACACCUCGUAGAUGCUCUGACACUGAAUGUGGAGCCAGUCCUUCAGAAACUGUUAAAUUGAUGAAUAUAAAUUGAAAGCUUUCUUAAGCCAUUUAAAUGAACAGAUCACCUCUAAAUAAAAACAAUACAUAUUUUUUUCUCUUACCUGUAGUGCUUUAUCAGUCUAGAUUGUUUUGCUGUGAGUUGCCAACUGUUGGAGAUAUCGACUGUAGAAAUGUCUGUCUUCUCCCCAAUGUAAUAACAAGAUGACACUCGGCUUAUGGUGCUUAGGAAAAAAAACCCAACUCACUGGCAAUCUCUCCAGAAAUCAUGACCCGGUUACUUGAGAGAAUCCACAGACCUUGCUUUGAGCAUUUUUAUGUGGGAACUAUUUUCUGUCUUUCAAACAACACCCGUCAAUGAUAUCACUGCUUCCUUCUGCACAGUGAUAUGGAAAGAAAUUCUUUUCUUGAGAAACUGGGCCAUCAUUUUUGGAAAAAACAUUACUGUUGAGUUUCCCAAAUGUAUUUUUUCGCGCUUUGAGCACCACAAGCUGCGUGCCAUCUAGUUCAAUUAUAUUGGGGCAGACAUCUCUAAGGCCAAUAUCUCCAACACUCAGUGAGUCACACCGAAACAAUCUAGAGUAAUAACUAGCACUACAGGUAUCAUAUGGAUGUAAAAUCUGAAAAAAAAAAUACUGACAAAGUCUAUUUAUUUUUAAGGUGUGCUACAUAUGUGAGUCUUGAGAUUUUAUUCCCUCCAGGAGUUAUUCAUACCCACAAAUAUUUCACAAAAGAUUAUUAAAAUAACGCGAGUAAAAAGUGAGAGCGUAUUUUCCCUUUAAAAGGCGAUUAAGUCAGUUACAUUUGAACAGCUAGAGCUGAUAAAUCAGAGCCACGGUCUGUUCAUUUUCAGUGUCACAGAAAGGCCUUGUGAUGGCCAUUUUUACAAUUAACGUGUACAUGACGCAAACAUGCACAAACACACCUCUGCUCAUUGUGUUAAAAGGGCGGAAUCGUUUUUGUGUUGUAUUACUUAUUUAUUGUAAGAUACUGUUUAUUUAUGUAUUUUUGAGGUGACAAAAGUUCAUGUGCCAUGUUCAGAGGUUCAACAAUAUGGAAGUGCAUUCUUGAGAA